AUGGAAAAAUUGAAACGGACAAGGAGGGAGGUCAAAUUACUGUUUGAUAUACAGAAAGGAAGGAAAACUAUAACAGAAAAGGAAGCACCAUUAGUUGUCGAGUUAUGUUUGCAAGUACACGAGUUUUCAAAAGGUGAAGCAACUGAGUCAACAGCAAGUGGAUGCAUAUUUUCCAUCCUCAAGAAGGAAGUUGAAACUGAUUAUGACACGUCGACAAUGCCCGAUGAAUCAAAUGAUCCCUCAUGGAAACAAGUAUGUCAUUCUGUACUCCAGAUUAUGGGUUACGUUAAUGUUAUUGAAGACACGAAGAUAUGUGUUGUCGUCCAAAGAAAGUCGUCUGCAGUGAUAAAGAUAAAUUGUUUUUCUUCUGAUGCAGUGGAAAAUCUUUUGAAAAUGCUCAUCAGCGGUGGAAUCAAAGAAGAAGUAUUGGGAUUACGAGACAGUUUAAACACUUACGGCAAGUGGCACAUAUACGAUAUUGGUUUAAGCUGCACUCCAGAAUGCUUAAAUGCUAUCAGAAAGCGACUCGAAUUUAGUAGCAGGAGUGAUGAUCGUACGUGCGCCAAGCAUCAAGGCAUGAAAAUUAAGUGGUAUUGCCAAGAGGAAAACGCAUUUUGCUGCAAACGAUGUAAGGAGGUGGAGCAUAAGUCAUGCAUUGAACUAAUGCCAUUCGAAGGAGACAAAGAGACAAAAAGGAAAUCAUUGACAGAUAAACGCCAAAAGGUAGAGCACAAUGUAAGGCUCGAGAUGGAUGCUUAUCAUUCAAAUAUACACGGUUCCUGUGUGAUGCCUGACGGGAGCAUCAUCCUGCUUGAUAACGGAAAUGGAAGACUUAAAAAACUCAGUAACGGGUACAAGCUAGUUAGCCACUGCGAUCUUCCUGAUCCAGACCUGAAAACAGGAAAAAGCUUAUAUGACGUAUGUUAUAUAGGUAACGAACGAGUUGCAAUCAGUAUGUGUAACUCCCGUAUUCUGUUUGUAAAUGCAUCGGGUGACAUGGAGCUUGAUCACGAAGAAAAAUUUGACCAUGAAUGUUUUGGUCUUGCUUGCUAUGGUGGAAUACUCUAUGUCACCGAUGGUAGCAAAGUGUACUCCUAUAGUACAGAGUGGGGAAAUAAACGCGAACUCUACAAACGCGAACAACAAAACUUCUUGUUUCAACAUAUUGCCGUCAGCGGCGAUGGGGAAAAGAUUUAUAUCGCAGCUACCGAGGGAGGACUUGUAACAAUAAACAACAAGGGACAACAUUUAUGUACUCUUAAAAGUGACAUUUUACCUUGUGCAAAAAGUGUAUGUGUUUUUGGUAAUGGUACCGUGCUUGUAGGUAGUAAAUCAGGUUCACACAGUGUGCUUCAGGUUGGCAUUGGGGGAGACCGGAUACUUGGGACAGAUAGGGUUAGGGUUAGGAUUGGGGUUAGGGUUCGGGUUAUUACUAGAGUAACGGAUAACAUCCAGUCGUUGUGCUUUAAUAGGCAUGACUCUGGACUGAUAAUUGGGCUUCGUCAUAGUGACAAUGUCAUUGUUUAUAGCUAACAGGUACAGAACAGAACAAAUCAUGAUGUUUAUAACAAUAAAGUAGAUAUACAAUGUGGAAAAGAGACUCGUUUAUCCAAGCUAUGGAUAUAGAUAAAAUAGUAAACGUUAAGCUUUUUCAUUUUUAAUGAGUGUGCAUUUAUCUAACCUUGAGUAAAAUGACUUAAAGAGUUUUAGAUUUGAAAUACAGAUAAGUCAAGAUACAACAACUUUUUAAGCAUUGUUCAACAACGUCUAGUCAACAUACUAUCUGUGUUUUAUCAGCGCGUUUUUCUUAAUCUAGUUUCAAGAUUUACAAAGGCUAAUCCCAUUCUUUUAUUCUAUCAUUACAAAAUCAAAGCUUAAGUAUUCUUCAAAACGUUACUGUUCUUUUGAAGUUCUAUAAAUGUGUAUAAGAGAUGUACACGUAGAUGUAUAGUGGAUUAGCGACAAAAAAAAAUAUUCAAAAACUUCUCAAAUUUUUUAUACAGUCUCGGACAUUUAAACAUCAGAUCGAGUUUUACUGUUUUUACAGUUUUAGCUGACAUAUGAUUGCCCUCUGUCCGUCUGUUCGUGCACCGUCAGUUGCUAUGAUCAAUUGCCUUGUUAUCACUCUAGAGGUCACAUUUCUUUUGCCUGUUGUUAACUUAGCUGUAUUUCAAGUCAGAAUAUUUUUUUGUAUUAAUUCUAGCUCAAAAUCGAAACUGGAUUAUCUGGAAUUUAUAAGGUUAGUAGCCAAGGUCAAACUGUAGAAAAAGGACAUUGUUGAGUAGAAAAUGUGAUCUAAAGAGAUUUAACCAGUACUUUCUUCUUUUAUUUCACCUAUAUGUCUAUUUUUAUUACAGAUGAACCAAUUUAUAAUUUGAGCAAUAGUUUAUACAGAAAAACAUUGACACCAAGCUAAAUGUAGUACUGUCAAAACUGUAGCUAGGGUGCUUGCAAGGUUUUAUAUAAUUUGACCAAGUGAAAAUUUACCUUUAAGACCCACCAACGAAAAUACCAGGUUUCAUGUAAAUCAAUAUUUAGUUUUACCUGUAUAUGUAUGUACAUGUAUAUUAUAUAUCAACUUGUACAAGUGUCUCAUGUAACGCUGUACUUACUGGUAAUAUACUUUUAUUUGUAAUAUGUUUGUUAUUGCACAUUGCUGAUGCGACUCCGAAAAAUCGGACGGACGGAGUGGAAUUUUGUCUUGCAGCUUGCUUGGUUAAAAGUAAAUCUCUUGGUGCUCUGACUUCAGACACAUUGUUGAGUAUAUUGAUGUAAUCAUACCUUAGAUUGACCUUAUUAGCUCACCUGAGCAUAAAGUGCUCAAGGUGAGCUUUUGUGAUCGCCCUGUGUCCGUCGUCCGUCUGCGUCGGCGGCGUCGUCGUCAUCAACAAUUUGACUGUUAACACUCUAGGGGUCACAAUUUGGGCCCAAUCUUAAUGAAACUCGGUCAGAAUGUUACCCUCAAUAAAAUCGUGGACGAGUUCUAUAUUAUUAUUAUUAUUAUUAUACCAGAUUUAUAUAGCGCCCUUUUCAUGAUCAAUUUCACGUUCAAAGGCGCUUUAUAUAGUUCAGUGCAGCCACACAGGGCGCAUAAUUCAUCCUCUAAUAGUACAGACACAGAGCGAUCUGACCAGAGGGACAGAGUGAGACAAAGCCCCCACGAUAGAGAGAUCAGAAAUCAGAUACAGGCUUGUCCGGCUAAGUUAGCCUAGCUCGUUGCGAAUAGACAGCCUGGUUCUUUAACGUGCCCAGUGUUAACGUGCCCAGUGCCCUAACCCUAACCCUGGGUGGGAAACACUGAAAAGCGUUUCUGAAAAUUCCCGAGUAGCUGCCGGGGAUCGAACCCCCGACCUCAGGAUUGGAAGGCCAGUGUGCAAACCACUGAGCUAUCCGUCCACCCAUGUGUCAGACACAUGUAUAUCGGGACAUCUGGGAUCAAAACUAGGUCACCAGGUCAAAUCAAAGGAAAAGCUUGUUAACACUCUAAAUGUCACAAUUUUGGCCCAAUCUUAAUGAAACUAGGUCAGAAUGUUACACUCAAUAAAACCUUGGACGAGUUCGAUAUUGGGUUAUCAGGGGUCAAAAACUAGGUCAGAAGGUCAAAUCAAAGGAAAAGCUUGUUAACGCUCUAGAGGUCACAUAUUUGGCCCAAUCUUAAUGAAACUUGAUCAGAAUGUUACCCUCUAUAAAAUCUUGGAAGAGUUCGAUAUUGGGUUAUCAGGGGUCAAAAACUAGGUCAUCAGGUCAAAUCAAAGGAAAGGCUUAUUAACACUCUAGAGGUCACAAUUUGGGCCCAAUCUUAAUAAAACUUGGCCAGAAUGUUACCGUCAAUAAAGUCUUGGAAGAAUUUGAUAUUGGGUCAUCCGGGGUCAAAAACUAGGUCACCAGGUCAAAUCAAAGGAAAAACUUGUUAACACUGUAGAGGCCACAUUUAAGACUGUAUAUUCAUGAAACUUAGUCAGAAUUUUAAUCUUGAUUAUCUAUAGGUCAAGUUCAAAUCUGGGUUAGGUGGGUUCAAAAACUAGGUCACUGGGUCAGUUCAAAGGAAAAGCUUGUUAACAUGCUAGAGGCCACAUUUAUGACUGUAUCUUCAUGAAACUUAGUCAGAAUGUUAAUCUUGAUGAUCUUUAGGUCAAGUUCGAAUUUUGGUCAUGUGGGAUCAAAAACUAGGUCACAGGGUCAAAUCAAAGGAAAAGCUAGUUUACACUGUAGAGGCCACAUUUAUGACCGUAUCUUAAUGAAACUUGGUCAGAACGUUAAGCUUGAUUAUCUAUAGGUCAAGUUUAAAUCUGGGUCAGGGGGGUCAAAACCUAGGUCAUUAGGUCAUUCAAAGGAAAAGCUUGUUAACACUCCAGAGGCCACAUUUAUUACUGUAUCUUCAUGAAACUUAGUCAGAAUGUUAAUCUUGGUGAUCUUUAGGUCAAGUUCGAAUCUUGGUCAUGUGGGGUCAAAAACUAGGUCAUAGGGUCAAAUCAAAGGAAUAGCUAUUUAACACUUUAGAGGCCACAUUUAUGACCAUAUCUUAAUGAAACUUGGUCAGAAUGUUAAUCUUGAUGGUCUUUAGGUCAAUAGGUCAGGUGAGCGAUACAGGGCCUUCAUGGCCCUCUUGUUUUUAAAUGUUUUAUUUCAUAUAUUCUGGUAUUUUGUCACUUAUGUAAGGGCAUUUCUCUGGGAGUUAUAUUUAUUAGGGCCCUACUGGUUAAAAACAAGGAACUAUAGAGUGCACAUUUCCAUUCAUCCGUCAUUCCGUCUUCCAUUAUUCAUCCGUCCGUCUGCAAUUUCGUGUCCGGUCUGUAACUCUGACAUUCGUCAAAGGAUUUUAUAAUUACUUGGCACAAAUUUUCGUGUCAUACGCAAAACCCGGACCCCUAACUCAAAGGUCACACUUGGAGGUCAAAAGGUCAACAAGGCUAUUUUACUGUCAGGUCUGAAACUUAAUAACACGAGAAGGAAUUUUGAUAUUACUUGGCACAAAUGUACCCGAUAAUAAGAUUAUGUGUCAUGUGCAUAAUCAAGACACCUAUCUCAAAUGUCAAGGUCACACUAAGAGGUCCAAGGUUAAUGGAGAUUUUUUCCUGUCUGAUCUAUAAAUCUGUCUUACAUUAAGAGAUUUUAAUAUCAUUUGACAGAACUGUUUCACAUAAUGAGACAACGUGUCAUGUGCAAAUAUACACAUCCCUAACUCUAAGGUCAAGGUCACAGUCUGAGGUCGAAGUUCAAUAUGGGGAUUUCCCUGUAUGGUCCGUAACUCUGUCAUCCAUUAAGGGAUUUUGAUAUUACUAGACACAAAUGUUCCCAAAAAUAAGACAAUGUGUUGUGCACUAUACCAAGCCCCUAACUUAAAGGUCAUAGUCACAUUUGAAGGUCAAAAGUCUUUUCCUGUCAAAUCAACAUUGAUCUUUUCUUGUCAAGUCUGUAAAAUAAUUUAAUAUAAGCUCAUCACUGUAUCUUACAGGCCCAAUUAGAAAAUUUGUUAAGUAAUUCUUCAGAAUUACUUCCCUUUAACAUGAUGAUUUCUUUAUUUUUUCUCAUAAUUUCCCUCCAAUGUCAAACUGAAAUGUUAUAAAAAUUCAAAUUAAAUACUUUUUAUAUUCACUGGUGUUGUACGAAAUCAACAACUGGUGAUAUUUAUGUAUGCAAAUUUAAAUCCAAACAUUGUGUUUUAACAUAUUGUAUAUACAGUGCAAUGUUUAUUCAUCAUUGACAGAUAUCAGGUCGUUAUGUUAUACUUACUUACCUUCGAGUAGGGGACUUUGUAUUGCAUGGCAAUAUGUCAUUUGCUUGUUUACACUGUUUUGUCUAACUUGUUGAAAGGUGGACAAGUGCAGGUUGGCAUGCCCCAAAUGCGCUUAACUGCCUCCACCCUCAGUUUCCUUUAUAUAAGUUACUGACCGUCCGAUGGCGGUGCCCCUAUUUUCAACUUGUUUUUGUUUGUACUUUGUCAUCAAGAGCUACUCCACUUCUCUUGGGUGUUAUUUUCAAAAUGUGAAAGAUGUUACUCAUUUUAUACUCAUCAUUGAAAACCAUUUCCCGUUUUCUUUUCGAGACCAUAAGCAAAAUGCAGGGGUCUUUAUCAUUUCCCCUUCCUCCAUUCAUCUCGGUGUGACGGUACUAGACCUUUCUAACGUAAACGUAAUUACGAAACGGAAUACUGAAUCCGUAAAAUUUUAGGCUAAUUUGUGGUCUAUGGGAGACAAUUUCAUCCAAUAGUAAUGCAUAGUAUCUCCCUUAGACCAUUAUUUGCAAAUAACAUUUACGGAUUCAUUAAUCCGUUUCCGAUUUACGUUUACGUUAGAAAUGUCUAAUAACAAGUAUCUUUUCUCACUAUACGAAUCGCCGAAUUUAAGACAUCAAGAAAUGAUUUUCCCUUGACAUUAUAGACAACAAACCAUCAGUCUCAACUUUGAGAGAGCAUUUUUCCCAUAACAAGUCAUCCCGACAUUAACCUUCACCCUGCUAAAUUUCUACAAUGGACUAGUCCGUCACUUAAUUUGGACAGUGCCAUUUAUAAUCUAAAGGGGUGUUCACUAAAAAUUUACUGACUGAAUAGCGAACAGUGCAGACCAUGAUCAGACUGCACGGAUGUGCAGGCUGAUCUUGGUCUGCACUGGUCGCAAAGGCAAGCACACUUGCCACCAGCAGGCUAAAGGUUAAAAGAGAUGUAAUGUAUCGUUUUUUCUUACUACAUUCAUUUCAAUAUUGAAUAUCGUCUUCGCUCUCAACAGUCACCUUUACUGUUAAGGAGCUGUCAUGCAUUAUUUCCCCUCUCUAUUUCCACCUUAGAAGUUAUAGAGAGGUCAUGUAUCAUUUCCCAUCACACCCAUCUCAGAAGUUAAGGAAAUUUCAUGCAUCAUUUCCUUCCCUACAUUUCAAGAGUAAUGAGAGUUUAUGUAUCAUUUCCCCUCUCUAUUUUCAUCUCAAAAAUUAUGGAAAUGGCAUGUUUCAUUUCCCUUCUCUAAAUCCAUCUCAACACUUAUGGAGAGGUCAUGUGUCAUUCCCCCUCUCUAAAUCCAUCUCAACACUUAUGGAGAGGUCAUGUGUAAUUCCCACUCUCUAAAUCCAUCUUAACAUGGAGAGGCCAUGUAUCAUUUCCAAUCUCUACAUCUAACUCAACACUUAUGGAGAGGUCAUGUAUAUGGAGAAACCAUGUACGGUGCAACCUCUGCAGAGCAACACCCUUUGGGAGAUGCAGAUAUUGACCUCUGUUGAGAGGUUGUUGCUCUAUAGAGGUUAAAUUGAUAGUAAAUUUCAGCUAUGGGAAAUUUUGAUGAUGUUGUUGUGGAGAGGUUUUUGCUGUAGAGAGGACCGCUCUGGAGAGGUUGCACUGUAUCAUUCCCCCACUCUUCAUAGAUAUACUUGUAAUUUUCCGAUAAAUUAGAAAUAGUUUGAAUAAAAAAAUUACAUAAAAAGUUUUGGGUUCUUAUUGCAGUCCCAUGCAUAUAGCAUAAUAAUAUACAACUUGUGAUCCGUCAUGUUUUCUGCUUAUAUAUCAUAAAAUCUAGAGAGUUUUAUACAUGAUAGUUACAUUUUGCAAAAGUAACAAACAAGUUGGCUUAUUAUUCAAUUUGUACAUGUUAUUUUUUAACUGUUAUGCUAAAAAACUUAGAAAAGCA